AUGUCGCUUGCUUCAGGAGUCUCGAUCAAUGAUGAGUGCAUCACGGCAUUCAACGACUUCCGCAUGAGCCGGGGAAAGACCAAGUUCAUCAUCUUCAAGAUCGCCGACAACCGCAAGGAAAUCGUCAUCGACGAGAUCUCGCAGGACCCAGACUACGAGGUGUUCCGGAGCAAGCUCGAGGCGGCCAAGGACUCCAAGGGCAGCCCCGCUCCCCGGUACGCCGUCUACGAUGUUGAGUACGAACUCGGAGGUGGUGAGGGCAAGAGAAACAAGAUCGUCUUCAUUUCCUGGGUCCCUAGCGACACCCCUACCUUCUGGUCCAUGCUCUACGCCAGCACCCGGGAGAACCUCAAGAAUGCGCUGAACAUCCACACCUCGAUCCACGCCGAUGACAAGUCUGACAUUGAGUGGAAGACUGUUCUGGCGGAGGCCAGCGGCGGCAAGGCUGGCAAAUAG